AUGUUUAGUUCAGCAAUUAAUAGUUUAUUUUCUAUAAGUAUUCUACUUAUUUUUACAUCAACAAGUGUAUUUAGUGAUUGUAGUUAUUCACUUGACGAAACAUGUGGAACUGAUCUGGGAUUUUGUCAUGAUGAUUCAACUCUUCCACCAGCUGCUAUUGCUAUUAUUAUCAUGGCUUCAAUCUGUUGUUUUAUUACAUGUUUAAGUUGUUGCAUACAUUCACAUCAACGACAACAACGUCUGCAAACUAAUUUCGCUAAUGCAAAUACACGAAUGAACACGAAUCCCUAUCAACAACAAGUUAUUCAUGGUCCAGUACGAGUUGUUCAUGUACGACCUGUUUCUUAUGUUGGAGCUGUUCCAUCAUCUCGUUCAUUUCCUAGUAUAUACGAAGCUCCACCUCCAUCUUAUGAAGUAGCAACGUCUUCACUUCCAUCUAUUCAUGCAUCGUCAUCAUCAUAUCCACCAAUGAUAGCAACAGUUGAACAGUCCCAUUCAUCAAUUGUAUAA